CAUUAAAUACAUUUUACAUUGACUUUUAAACCAAUGCAAUUUAAAGAAGUGGAUUUUUAAACUAAUAUUUACUCGUUAAACUACUGCUAAAGCAACAUUCUUAUGAUCAAACAACCCAUGCAGACAUUAGUCUGUAAAAUAUAUUUUAAAUAUAAUAUAAGUUAUGUCUUAAAAUAAUUUAACAUAAGUGAAAGAGGCAGUAUAAUUAUCAAGAGAGAUCCAGUAAUUGACUACUUUUGCUGAGAAGAAAUGUUGUCUGGCUUCAGUUUCAAAUCUAUGCUUAACUAGUAGUUACAAUGCAGUUUCCUUAUAAUGAAGAUAUGGAGCAGGAUAUAAAUCUUGAAGAUAAUUUCUUAUAUUUAAAAAGACAGCAUUUUGCGACGAAUUAAAUGUCGGAAAAGUAAUUGCACAAUGAAAUACAUAGUUUGUCUCUGUGAGGAAAGUAGAAAGAUUGGGUACAGUGAUGGAGUGAUGGCUGGCAAAGAGUAUAUUCUUCAAAAUUCUUUUAAUCAGUCAUUUAUUAAUUCUGCAAAAUGGUUUCAAAAUAUAGCUAUCUACAGAGGUGUAUUUAGCGCAUUACUAUUUCAGUUGCAGAAAAGAUCUUGUCCAAUAAAUAUUUUGACGAAAUUAGAAGAUCUUUUAUUUAAGUUUGAGGCAUUUGAAAAUUCCGAGAUUCAUUUGGAUUUUCUUAAAGAGUCUUUAUCAAAAGAAAUAUCAAUAAAAGACGUUCAACCUGUCACAAAACCAUUUGAUGAAGUGAACAUUGAUAUCAUUAGUGAAAGUAUAAAAAACUUAAAUAAUAUCGAUUCCCUUCAACCUUCAUAUAAUAAUUAUAAAACAGAACCGACUUCUAUUUUAUUAGAUAUAUCAUCUGAAGGAAUGUGUUUAACUAAAGAAGCUGAAUUGAGUCGAUUGAAAAGAAACGAUAUUUUUUUAUUAAUGAAGUGUGUAUUUGAUGAGUUAGAACCUUUUCUGGAGAUACCACAGUACAACGCAGUUAAAGAGUAUUUAUCGAUAGUUUAAAUAUUAACGAUAGCGAUAUCGCUCAUUUAAUAAGUAUUUAUCGAUAAUUUUAUCUAUGAUUAAAUGAGCAUUUUUUGCUAAUUAAAAUACUAUUAAUUAUUUU